UUCAUCUUUUUUAUCUAUAAACUUGCACGUCAAGCAGCAAAUUGAGAAAUUUUAGCCGAAAUUGAGGCAUUGGUACGUUACAAUUAGGUAUGGAGUGUAUUUCCAAUCCCAAAAAUGACUCUAAUUGCAUCAUUUUAAAAAAAAAAUUCAACAUGACAGAUAUUGUCUCUCUCCUUUUCGAUCUAACAAUAAAUUGAAUUAGUAGUACCUACACGUGUUGUUUUUUACGUCCGGUGACUGUCUUCAAAAGAGCUGGAAAAUUGUGUUUUUUUAUUUUCCUUAUUACUUUUAAACAAAGAUGGGCCCUCUAACCAACGCACCUGAGAGUCAUUCAAUUCAAAAUGGCAACGCAGCAUCCUCCAAUCGGCCCAGACACUCCACGAGAUCGACAUGUGCGCAGAUAUUGGCUACUUUAAUACAAAAUUGGCUGCUCAUUGAAAUAGGACUUGACAUAGCAAUGACAACGAUGGUUAUCGGUGCUCUUCACAAUAGUGCAUCAGAGGAACUCAGUAUGAACGACGAUCAGGCCUCUUGGUUUGGUAGUUUACCAGAUAUUUGUCAUCCAGUUUCCAGUCUGUUAUCUGGCUAUGUCCAGGAGGCCGUAGGCCGAAAAACAGCCAUGAUCAUGGUAACAAUUCCAUGUUUUGUGGCUUGGAUAACUCUGCAUUUUGCGCAAUCCAUCAACACCCUUUACAUCGUUUCUAUUAUUAUGGGACUUUGCACAGGGUUAACAGAAGCACCUUUACACUCAUACAUCGGAGAGAUCGCAGAGCCUCAUUUGAGGGGAACUUUGUCAUCAAUCUCCACAUCUGCUGCUCUCAUAGGUAUGUUCAUGAUGUACGUUUUUACUUACUUCUUUUACUGGAGGACGGUAGCUUUGAUCUGCAGUGCGUGCCCUGUCAUUACUUUUACGGUCAUGACGCAGAUUCCCGAGUCUCCAACGUGGUUAGUGGUAAGAAAUCGGUUGGAGGAAGCAAAAAAAGCUUUAUGCUGGUUGAGAGGUUGGGUCAAACCAGACGAGGUGGAGGAGGAGUUUCAAGCUCUGGUGAAGCAUGCGAAAAAAUCUGUCGGCUUGAAUCAGGCUGGAGAUGAUAAGCCGAGGACGAAAAUAGCUUUUCUGAAAAUGCAGCUCACGGAAAUGACCCGCAAGAAAGUGCUCCUUCCAUUUCGACAGAUAUGUAUCGUGUUUUUCAUUUGCUCGUUGGCCUACUUCUGCGCGAUUAGGCCGUAUCUGAUCGGAGAACUGCAGAAAUUGGACACUCCCAUUGAUGCUAAACUUAUAUUAAUAUACUCGCAAGUUCUGUUGUUCAUCGGUGCAAUGAUGAAUGUGAUGUUCUUGCGGCGAUUCGGGAAGCGGAAGAUAGCCAUAUUUUGCAACACUGUAAUUGCCAUAUCCAUGUUCGGACUCGGGAUCCAUUACGCUUACCUCAAAGGCUCAAAGCAAUUCCCACUGCUGGCGUGGCUGCCGGUCGUGUUUUGGCUGAGCAUCAGCUUCUUUGGUGGUUUCGGCCCAGCGCUUUUGGCUUGGCAGUUGGUAUCUGAGCUUUUCCCCAUUAUAGGCCGCGGCCUUGCAACUGGAAUCUCUGCUGCUUUCUCGAAGUUAAUGGGGGCUGCCGAAGUCAAAUCAUACCUGUACAUAGAGGCAUGGGUAGAUUUAAGCGGUGUGAUGUACCUAUACGGGACGGCUACAAUUUUAGGUACCCUCUAUUUAUAUUUCUAUCUGCCCGAGACUGAAGGGAAAUCAUUAGAACAGAUUGAAGUGUAUUUCACUGAAAAUUAUGAUCGAAAGGAAAAAUUUUCCAUCGGAAAACGAGUAAAAUUGGAGGAGAAAAAUCCUUCUUAAGAGUAAACAUGUUUUUAAGAUACUUUUUCGGUGGAUUUUUGAAAGCAAUACUUUAGUUAUUUCAAUAACUUCUUCAGUAUUCUCCUCCUUAGUUUUGAUGUACAUGUUAGUGCAAAAUCCUGGGAACGUAGAUUUUUAUCAGCACUUUUUGACGUUAGCACUGAGGGGUAGCUGCUGAAUCCUCAUCGAUCGUGUAUUCAAUGAUCUUAGCAAAUAGACAAGAUCGCAAAUACGUAAUCUAGAUCAUGAUAACUAGUAAUAAAGUCUCGGACAUCAACUUGUUGGGUAAAAAAAAAAAAAAUUAAUCGGUCACAACUUGAAUGGAAAGAAUAGGUGAGAUCUUUCUUUAAGGAGUGGUGAUGAUUUGCCAGAUAUUAAAUUAAACAGUGAUUAAUGUUAAAACAUAAACGCAUGGUUUAAUUUCAAAGAUAAAAACAAUUACAAUUACAAUGGAACAUCAAAAUCAGUUUGAAGGUGGCUGCCGCCAAGCUACUGGCGGCUGCAGUGAAAAACACUUUUUAAAAAUACAUACACAUUGUUAUAAAAUAAAUAGCCAAUGUACAGGACAGAUCUCAGCAAUAAUACAAAUUUGUACAAAAAUAUAACACUGUAUCAUUACAAAAUUACUUUAAAUUGGAAACAAACUGAUGUAUAUUCGCUACAUGAUAAUCAUUACUUGAGAAAGAAUUUGAUUUGAUUUGACUUGUAACAGUCGAUAUAACUCAUUUGGAACAGAGAAAGAAGACUUGUUGAACAUUGUAUUAGCGAAAAGUUAAAACCUUUAUUUGUACACUGAACUAAUUAAAAUCUUGUAUGAUAACGGAA